UCCUGCGGCAGGAGCUGCCCGUGCGCCUCUCCAACAUCAUGAAGGAGAUCAACCUGCUCCCGGACCGGGUGCUGCGCACGCCUUCCGUGCAGCUGGUGCAGAGCUGGUACGUCCAGAGCCUGCUGGACAUCAUGGAGUUCCACGACAAGGAUCCCGAGGACCAAGCCACGCUGGGACAGUUCACCAACGCGCUGGUGACAAUCCGGAACCGGCACAACGACGUUGUCCCCACCAUGGCGCAGGGGGUCAUCGAGUACAAGGAGACCUACGGGGACGACCCCGUGUCCAACCAGAACAUCCAGUACUUCCUGGACCGCUUCUACCUGAGCCGCAUCUCCAUCCGCAUGCUCAUCAACCAGCACACCCUGCUCUUCGAUGGCAGCACCAACCCCGCGCACCCCAAGCACAUCGGGAGCAUCGACCCCCACUGCAACGUGGCCAACGUGGUGAGAGAUGCCUACAACAUGGCCAAGCUGCUGUGUGACAAAUAUUACAUGGCCUCACCCGAGCUGGAGAUCGAGGAGGUCAACGCCUGCAACGCUCAGCAGCCCGUCAGCAUCGUCUACGUCCCCUCCCACCUGUACCACAUGCUCUUCGAGCUCUUCAAGAACGCCAUGCGAGCCACGGUGGAGAGCCACGAGAGCAGCCCGCGGCUACCGCCCGUCAGGGUGAUGGUGGCCCUGGGCCAGGAGGACCCCCCC